AUGGAUGAAGACAACAGUACUUUAUCUAGUGACUUUACCCUUACUGGGCUCUUCACACACAGUAAAGUUUCAGGUUAUCUUUUUAGCUUAAUUUGUGCCAUCUUCUUCAUGGCCAUCAUAACAAAUGGGGUCAUGAUCUUCCUGAUCCACAUAGAUCCUCACCUCCAUACUCCCAUGUAUUUCCUACUCAGCCACCUCUCCUUCAUUGACAUGAUUUAUAUCUCCACCAUUGUGCCUAAGAUGCUGGUUGAUUAUCUUUUAGGCAAUGAGAUCAUCUCCUUCAUUGCCUGCACAGCCCAGUAUUUUCUCUACAUGGGAUUUGUUGGGGCAGAAUUCUUCCUGCUGGGUCUCAUGGCCUAUGAUCGCUAUGUAGCCAUCUGUAACCCACUCCGGUACCCCGUCCUCAUGAACCGGCGAGUCUGCUGGAUGAUCUUGGCCAGCUCUUGGUGUGGGGGUGCUUUGGACAGUUUCCUCCUUACUCCCAUCACCAUGAGUCUCCCUUUCUGUGCCUCCCACAAGAUAAACCAUUUUUUCUGUGAGGCUCCCACAAUGCUGAGACUGGCAUGUGGUGACAAAGCUGCCUAUGAAAUGGUGAUGUACGUUUGUUGUGUCAUGAUGCUGCUUAUCCCCUUCUCUGUGGUUAUCGCAUCCUAUGCUAGAAUUCUCAUCACAGUGUAUCAGAUGAAGUCAGCAGAAGGGAAAAAAAAGGCCUUUGCUACUUGUUCUUCGCACAUGAUGGUGGUUACACUGUUCUACGGUGCUGCUUUAUACACAUAUAUGCUUCCCCAGUCCUACCAUACCCCUAUCAAAGAUAAGAUUUUCUCCGUCUUUUACACAAUCCUCACCCCCUUGUUAAACCCUGUAAUCUAUAGCCUGAGGAACAGGGACGUGACAGGUGCCUUGAGGAGGGUUUGGGCAAGAUGUAAUGGAGUCCUGUGUAGUGAAACAAGAGAAGAAUUCUGA